UUUCAAACCCAUCAAUCAUAUAAUAAAUCCCUCACACUAUUUACACCUCUCAAUUCACAUCAACAUCAAAUCAAUCAAUCAAAAUGAGCUCCAACGUCGAUCAACAACUCCACGAGAACCACGAGAGAUUCCACGAGGGCAAGGAGAACAGCCAUCAAGCACUCGACUCCAAGGAUGAGAGAUCCAUUGCAAACAAGUUGGCUCGUGAGGAGCAACGUGAGAACGAACCCGAGGAGAUGAGCAAGGAGGACAAGGCCGCAAAGGAAGAUGCUACCCUCCCAGCCAAGAUGCACGGCAAUGAGCCAAGCAGAGGUGCUACAAUCGAUCAACAGUUGAGAGAAGAAGAGGAGGCUGAGUUGAAGAGAAAGGGAAAGGCUUAAAUGGAACACAUACCAAAUGGAUGCGUUACAAGCAAGUGAAUGAAUUUAUACCCACCAGUAUAUUCAUGGGAUGAUAGGUUGUCUGAAAACCCUAUCGUUGGAGUUAUGAAAUGAGCUGGGAAACUCACUGUACUUUAUAAAUGCCAUUAUUGGCGACGAGACAUGAUACUAUAAUCAAU